CCGAGGGUCCGACCAAUCUGCCAUGCCCUUUGCUUAACCCACAAAGCUGGUUUAUUCAGCUGGGAACUAUGUCCUUAGGCUAGGCUCCGGCACUCAAAGAAUCAGUAACUCCACUGAAACGCAAUGUUGGAUGGUCGACCGCGGUCGGUUACCGAGCCCCUUUGGUAUCGGGGCAUGACUGACAUAGCCAUAGAACUGCAUGAGACGGUGCACCCAGCGAGGUGGUGCAUCACCUUUGCUGAUCUCAAGUUCUUCCGGUCUGAAGUCCAUAGGGCCAUCCAAGAUGGCCAGAACUUUCAGGAGAACUUCGAAGCUUCGUAUGGGCCAAGCAUUUAUGCAGUGAAUGAACAUUACAUCAAGCCGGUCACAGCGGCUGCUGGCAAAAUGAGCUGGGCGUUGAUGAUGAAUCCUCAUGGACUUGACUGUGAUUUGUUUAUUACUCAUGCUUGGCAGGAAGAUGUGUUCGAGUUCACCGAUAAAGUGCUGACAUCCUGGCCUCGGGGUGCAUGCCACGCUUGGUGUUGUAUGCUUGCAAACCCACAGAAUUUAGAUAUUGGCGCCUUGCUUCAGUCACCAUCAAUGUCGCCUUUCGCACUUGCGCUGCAGAGCUCCAAGUACAUGUUGGUGGUGCCUACCCGGCACAAGAGUGUCUACACAAGGUUGUGGUGUGGCUAUGAAGCCUACCUGGCCUUUCAAAGUAACAAGAUCAUUCGGACAGCUACACCUUCGAUUUGGCGAUUAGUUAUGUGUUCUUGGCUCAGGAUGUUUCCCGCGCUGCUGAUGGGCCUCAUAGUCGGCAUGCUCUUCAAUUUAGGGCAGUUGGACCUAUUCCUAAAAUUCAUAGCAGCAAUGAGAAUGAUAGCGCUUUUUGCAAGCCUGGUGAGUCAACACUGUGGUCAGAUGCGGCUGUGCUUGGUUGCCAACCAUGUGGGCCUACUAGCCAGUACUUCGGCGGCUUUUGUUCCAAGUGGAACACUUCUGAGACGAUUUCCAAGUCUUCCUCUUCCUGGGUGGACAGCACAUAUGAUUGUGUAUUGGCAUCGUAUUUGCAUUUUGGUUUAUUUCUUACUUGCUGAAGUUGACCGCGUGAAUUGCCAAACAGAAACGGAAGAGGCAGAAGCGUUGCAAAAUCAAUAUCAAGGGUCAAUUCGUCACGCAUCUUGCUCAGAAGUUCAAGACGAAGUGAACAUUCGGCAUGAGAUAGGUGACCAGGUUGAUGAAGUUGACCAGGCAAUACAGGUUCUGUUGAAGGCUGGUAUGACAUCAGAUGCACUUCGAGCCGCAUAUUUACAGGGAGUUGAGCUUCGACAUGCUGGAUCCGUUCAAGUGGCCAUCCCCGUGCUUGUGCUCGGGCCUUUGUUACUGUUGGGUUGUGGGCUGAUGGGGCAAUACUUUGUUUUGCUUUGUAGAGCUGGUCAUCCACUUGCAGAAGUCUAUACACUUUGGGCAUCCAUUCAAUCCACAUCAGUCCUUGCUAGGCUUGCCUUCUUAUGUUUGUUUGUCAGACGCUCCAUCGAUGAAAGAUGUUUCAUGCUGAACGUGAUGGCAAAGAUUGUGACGGUUUUCUA